AUGGAGAGUUAUUUAAAUGAGAAUUUUGGAGGUGUCAAGUCCAAGAACACUACUGAAGAGGCUCUUCAAAAGUGGAGGAAAGUAUGUGGGGUCGUAAAGAACCCCAAAAGACGCUUUCGUUUCACUGCCAACCUCUCCAAGCGCUAUGAAGCAGCUGCUAUGCGUCGUACCAACCAGGAGAAGCUAAGGGUUGCUGUGUUGGUUUCCAAAGCUGCAUUUCAAUUUAUUCAAGGUGUUCAACCAAGCGAUUACGUUGUACCUGAUGAAGUUAAAGCAGCAGGAUUCCAAAUCUGUGCUGAUGAAUUGGGGUCUAUUGUUGAAGGACACGAUGUAAAGAAGCUUAAGUUUCAUGGUGGAGUAAAUGGUAUUGCCGAAAAGCUUUCAACAUCAACUACUAAGGGGCUUAGCGGAGAUGCUGAAUCACGGCACAGGAGGCAAGAUAUUUUUGGAGUCAAUAAAUUUACUGAAAGUGAAGUUCGGAGUUUCUGGGUUUUUGUUUAUGAAGCCCUUCAAGACAUGACUCUGAUGAUCCUUGGAGUGUGUGCUUUUGUGUCUCUGAUAGUUGGCAUAUUAACAGAAGGAUGGCCCAAAGGAGCUCAUGAUGGUCUUGGAAUUGUUGCAAGUAUCUUACUAGUUGUCUUGGUGACAGCAACAAGUGAUUAUCGCCAAUCGUUGCAAUUCAAGGACUUAGACAAGGAGAAGAAAAAGAUAUCCAUGCAGGUUACAAGAAAUGGUUACCGGCAGAAAAUGUCAAUAUAUAAUUUACUUCCUGGUGACAUUGUGCAUCUUGCCAUUGGAGACCAAGUCCCUGCAGAUGGUUUAUUUGUUUCAGGAUUUUCGAUGUUGAUUGAUGAGUCAAGUUUAACUGGUGAGAGUGAGCCAGUGAUGGUGACUUCCCAAAAUCCAUUUCUUCUUUCUGGAACCAAGGUCCAAGAUGGAUCAUGCACCAUGUUGGUUACCACUGUUGGGAUGAGGACUCAAUGGGGUAAAUUGAUGGCAACUCUGAGUGAAGGUGGAGAUGAUGAAACUCCAUUGCAGGUGAAACUGAAUGGAGUGGCAACCAUUAUUGGGAAGAUAGGACUGUUCUUCGCGGUGGUUACUUUUGCAGUUUUGGUGAAAGGACUCAUGAGCCGUAAACUCCAACAAGGAAGAUUCUGGUGGUGGUCAGCGGAUGAUGCAAUGGAGAUGUUGGAAUUCUUUGCCAUUGCAGUUACCAUUGUUGUUGUUGCUGUUCCAGAAGGGUUACCAUUAGCCGUGACAUUGAGUCUUGCAUUUGCAAUGAAGAAGAUGAUGAAUGACAAAGCCUUGGUAAGGCAUUUGGCUGCUUGUGAAACUAUGGGAUCAGCCACAACUAUAUGUAGUGACAAGACUGGGACACUAACAACCAACCGCAUGACUGUGGUGAAAACAUGCAUUUGUAUGAAUACCAAGGAAGUGACCAAUGGUGAUUCUAGUUUGUGUUCUGAACUCCCAGAUUCUUCUUUGAAACUGUUGCUACAAUCAAUAUUUAACAACACUGGAGGAGAGGUUGUGGUUAAUAAAAGAGGUAAACGUGAGAUCUUGGGGACGCCAACAGAGUCAGCAAUAUUGGAGUUUGGUUUAUCACUUGGUGGGGAUUUUCAGGCAGAGAAACAAGCAUGUAAAGUUGUUAAAGUGGAGCCAUUUAACUCCGAGAAGAAAAGAAUGGGUGUGGUUUUGGGGCUACCUGAAGGAGGUUUAAGGGCUCAUUGUAAAGGUGCUUCUGAAAUCAUUCUUGCUGCUUGUGACAAGGUGGUCAACGCAAAUGGUGAUGUUGUUUCCAUUGAUGAAGAAUCAAGUAAUUAUCUUAAGAGUACAAUCAACCAGUUUGCCAGUGAGGCACUUAGAACUUUGUGCCUUGCCUAUAUGGAAUUGGAAAAUGGAUUCUCUGCUGAAGACCCUAUUCCUGUUUCUGGCUACACUUGUAUAGGAAUUGUUGGUAUCAAAGAUCCUGUUCGUCCUGGUGUUAAGGAAUCUGUUGAAGUGUGUCGUUCAGCUGGAAUAAUGGUAAGAAUGGUUACAGGAGAUAAUAUUAACACUGCUAAGGCCAUAGCCAGGGAAUGUGGGAUUUUAACAGAUGAUGGCAUAGCCAUUGAGGGUCCAGAUUUUAGAGAGAAGACUCAGGAGGAAUUGUUUGAACUGAUUCCCAAAAUUCAGGUUAUGGCUCGAUCCUCACCUCUAGACAAACAUACAUUGGUGAAACAUCUGCGUACCACGUUCGGGGAAGUUGUAGCUGUAACCGGUGAUGGAACCAAUGAUGCCCCUGCCCUUCAUGAAGCUGACAUUGGACUUGCAAUGGGAAUUGCUGGAACUGAGGUUGCUAAAGAAAGUGCUGAUGUCAUAAUUCUGGAUGAUAAUUUCUCCACAAUAGUGACAGUGGCCAAAUGGGGACGUUCGGUUUAUAUAAAUAUUCAAAAAUUCGUACAGUUCCAGCUAACUGUUAAUGUGGUUGCAUUAUUGGUGAACUUCUCAUCAGCAUGCAUGACAGGCAGUGCACCCCUCACAGCUGUUCAACUUUUGUGGGUGAACAUGAUAAUGGACACGUUGGGAGCACUUGCACUUGCAACUGAACCUCCAACUGAUGAUUUAAUGAAGCGUGCACCAGUGGGAAGGAAAGGGGAGUUCAUCAAUAAUGUCAUGUGGAGAAAUAUCUUAGGACAAGCAAUGUAUCAGUUUGUAGUGAUAUGGUUUCUCCAGACAAUAGGAAAAUGGGUCUUCUUUCUCAGAGGCCCAAAUGCUGAAGUAGUCUUAAACACACUUAUUUUCAACUCAUUCGUAUUCUGUCAGGUUUUCAAUGAGAUAAACUCUCGUGAGAUGGAGGAAAUAGAUGUUUUUAAAGGCAUAUGGGAUAAUCAUGUGUUUGUGGCUGUCCUUGGUUGCACUGUUUUCUUUCAAAUUGUAAUAGUUGAGUACUUGGGAACCUUUGCAAACACAACUCCUCUCAGUCUGGUACAGUGGCUCUUCUGCUUAGCUGUUGGAUACAUGGGCAUGCCAAUUGCAGUUCGCUUAAAGCAGAUCCCGGUCUGA